GGGAGUGUCUGCAUGGAGGAGUAGCGGGUUUAUGUACAGAAUAGAGUGCCGAGGUAUCGCAUAGUAGUGUAUAGUAGUGUAUGUAGGAGAGUGCAAACUCUUGCGGGGUUGUACUUUGUCAAGACUCCUUUUGCCUCAUCCUCGCAAUUCGCCAUCCGACGACAUCUCAGCACCUGUACACACUAACAUGCACUGCAGACAUUGACCACAAUAUUGAACAGGCAAUUACACAGGCAAAUACAGCAUAGCCAGGCAAAUACAAACACUCGUACAUACAUACAUAAUACAGACCGGCCCCAGCCGCCAUGCUUGAUGCCGACUUGCUGUCCGGCAAAAAAAAAAAACACCAACACAGCAUCCAGGACCCUCCCUUCGAGACCGACUCCUCCGAAAUCGAGAUCCUAAGCGAUGGCGACGCCCAGCGCAUUCUCCCCUAUGAAGCGAGCGAUUCUCCAUUUCCCGAGGUGCGCGCUGUCGUGCAGCCUGUGGAUAAUGUGACACUACCGGUGAACACCGUUCGCAUGUGGACAAUUGGUGUUAUUUUUACCAUUGUCGGAAGCGGUCUUAAUCAGUUCUUCAGCCUGCGCCAACCCAGCGUCACCAUCAGCGCGCUGGUCGCGCAACUCCUCGCCUUCCCCGUCGGCUGCGCAUGGGCAAAAUGGCUCCCCGUGGGCUGGUGGAAUCCGGACCGUCACUUCAACAUCAAAGAACAUGCGCUAAUCACAAUCAUGGCGAACGUGUCGUUCGGCUCCGCCGCCGCGACGCAGGUCAUCGAGGCGAUGGUCAAGUUCUACAAUUUCCCAUCGCAGGGCGGGUUUGAGAUCCUGCUGUGCAUCACGACGCAGCUGUUUGGUUUUGGAUUGGCGGGAAUGGCGGCGCGAUGGCUUGUUAGUCCCGCGACGAUGAUCUGGCCGCAGGUGUUGUCUAAUGCAGCGCUGCUGCAGACGCUGCAUUCCAAGGCGAAUACGCUGGCAGAUGGGUGGCGUAUUUCGCGGCUGCGGUUUUUCCUCAUUGUGUUUGUUGUCGGGGGGGUAUGGUACUUUGCGCCGGGGUAUCUGUUUACCGGGUUGAGCACGUUUAGCUUCAUCUGCUGGAUUGUUCCGAAUAAUGUGGUUGUGAACCAACUGUUCGGGCAGAAGACUGGGCUGGGCAUGUCGGUUCUGACAUUUGACUGGGCGCAGGUGGUCUACGCAAACCAGAGCCCGCUGCUAGUCCCCUUCUGGGCCGGCCUCAAUGUGAUGGGCUCGUUCGCGCUGUUCUUCUGGCUCAUCUGCCCGAUCCUCUACUACACCAACACGUGGUACUCUGCAUACCUGCCGAUGCUCAAUUCAAACACGUUCGACAACACAGGCCAAUCCUACAACACGAGCCGCGUGAUGACCCCUUCAGGCACAAUCGACCAAGAAGCCUACAGAAAUUACUCCCCCAUGUUCCUCCCAGCCGGCUACGCACUAACCUACGGCGUGGCCUUUGCCAACCUAACCGGCAUCUUCGUGCACAUCGGUCUGUACCACGGCAAAGAACUCUGGGAACAAUGGAAAGGCCGCGACAAGAAAGACAUCCACGCGCGGCUGAUCACCGCCUACCGCGACGUGCCCUGGUGGUGGUUCGUAGCCAUCACAAUCCUCAUGUUCGUGCUGUCCAUCGUGACCAACGAAGUCUGGCACACGGGUCUGCCAGCCUGGGCUGUGCUCAUCGCUUUCGUCCUCCCAAUGCUCUACAUCAUCCCGGUAGGGAUCAUCAAAGCAGUCACGAACAUCAGCAGUAACCAACUAAACCUACUAACCGAAUUCAUCGGCGGCUACGCAUUCCUCGGCCGCCCCGUAGCAAACAUGGCGUUUAAAUUCUACGGCUACGUCGCCGUCUCGCAAGGGUUGGAAUUCAUGGCAGACAUGAAACUAGGACACUACCUACACAUCGCGCCACGGACGGUCUUCCUAGCCCAAGGCCUGGCAACGCUCAUCGGCGCAAUUGUCCAGUGCGGCGUGACAGUCUUCAUGAUCACCCGCAUCGACGGCGUUUGUACCUCCGACGCCUCGGGCGGGUUCACCUGCCCCCACGGCCGAGUAACAUACUCCUCCUCGUUGAUCUGGGGCGCUCUCGGCCCAGCGCGGAACUUCUCCCCCGGUCAGAUCUACGGAAACUUGCUCUGGUUUUUCCUCGUUGGUCCGGUUGUUGUUGUUAUCACGUGGUUCCUUGGACGGAAGUGGAAGACUGUCAACUACCUCUCUUGGCCCGUGGCAUUUGGAGCAAUGAGCCUUGUGCCGCCGGCAACGGGGAUUAGUUUUUCGAGUUGGUGGGUGAUUAAUGUUAUCUUUAAUGGGUGGGUGAAGAUGAGGAGGCCGGCUUGGUGGGCUAAGUAUAAUUACGUUCUUUCAGCAGCCCUCGACUCCGGCGUGGCCGUCGCAACUGUCAUAAUCUUCUUCUGCAUUACCCUCCCAGCUGGCUCGCUGAGUUGGUGGGGAAACACCGUGUACAGCAACACAGCAGAUGGAAAAGGCACGCCGUGGAAGGGAUUACCUGAAAAGGGGUUCUUUGGGCCGGAUGUUUGGCAUUAACCGCUUUAACGGACGCACGUAUAGUAAUGUAAAUACAUAAUCUGCCUUGAUUCCCGAGCAAAAAAAAAAAAAGAAAAAGAAACAGAACUAAGGAGGGUAUCAUAACUGCAUGGUAUAUACAUAUAUAAAAGUACACCCAGACAAGUUUAUAAAGUGUAAUACGUCGCCAUCUCCUCCUGAA